CCUAAAAAACAAAAAGGGAUUUCGGGGGAGGCUGUUAGAUCUUCUAGCCAGUUGCAUUCAUCAGCCGGUUCGGCUUCUCAGUUUAGUCCAGUUAUCGACGAUCGAUCGUUCUUGGACUCCCUUACUGAGGACUGCAGGGAGUUAGCAGAUACGCUUGCCCUUGCCGUCGCAGACGAUGAUGCUGUUGGUGUUACCUUGCCGAGAUCCUUGUUCCAUUAUUUGACAGAUGAUGGCACCGCUUUUCUGACCAAGGAGGAUAUUGGUCAGUUUUUGAGAGGAGAAAUGAUUAAUAUUUCUAUUAUCCAAGUCUACAUGAGGGCUACGCAGUCGGACUUGGCUGGAUUUGGGGAUUCUAUUGGACGUGUUUGUUGGAUGUGUCCACAAAGCACCGUUAUGGAGUCGCAUUCAUCAUCGGAGGAGGUAACAAAGUACAUUCUGCAUGCUAUGGUUGGAUGCGUCGAUGUAAAUGCUAGUAUCAUGUUCGCGCCAAUCUUUCAAGACCAACAUUGGAUGCUACUUGUCAUAUGUCCCUUGCCUGGGAUAGUUUAUAUCUUCGAUUCUGCCAGCUAUCACAAACAGCGGAAGUUAAAGCUUAAAUUGCCUAUGAUAGCUGCUUUUAGGAGGUUUCGGAUGAGCGGCCACAAAGUUCGUCGAGAGAAGCUUUUGUGGAAAUAUGUUGAGUGCCCGCAACAACAAGGAGGCACGGAGUGCGGUUAUUUUGUGAUGCGGUACAUUUUUGACGUACUCGCUUCAUAUUUUGGUUCGUUGGAUAUGGACAAAGUUGCUCAAACCUUUACCAAAGAUCCUUAUACGGAGGAUCAAAUCAAUGAGGUGAAGAAUAAGUGGGCAAGAUACUUUGUUGAUGAGUGCAUUGCAUAGGUUAGUUUAUGUUAAUAUUCUUUUU